UUUCUCGCGAGACGGGCACUACAAAAAUGUACACAAACUUUCUGGUUGUCAAGAUAAUCAUUCCCAAUGAAUAAAGCGAUAAUAGUCAUCCAAGUAAAUUGACACAUAAAAGAGUCCAAAAGAGAAAAUAAUAUCGGUGACGAUGCCUCAGAAGUUAUCUUUCAAAGUGAUCCAUGCGUCCGGACAAGAUGAUGUGUGCAGAGCAUCAGAACUUAACUAUCAUAGUCCACUGACCAAAGGAUGGCAAUCUGCAAGAUAUUGUUUGUACCCUCAAGAUCUUGUUAUACAACUGGACAAAAGGGCAAGACUCAGGAAAAUACAAGUUCUCUCACAUCAGUUUGACAUUGCAACAAGAAUAGAGAUAUUUGUUGGUGAUGUUCCCGACGGGAUGCCUCUUGUUCUUGACAAUGCAAGAUAUACCAGACUUGGCUAUGUAUCCUUAUCGGACAAUGAGAAAACCGGUUUCAAGGCACGUGAGCUGAAGUCAGUAACGGUGGAUGCAGUUGGCGUGUUUUUGAAGUUAAAUAUACACAAGAACCAUAUCAACAAAUAUAACCUUUACAAUCAAGUUGGUCUUGUUGCCAUCAACGUGAUCGGCGACCAUAUCAGGAAAGGACUUGAAGAUGUUGAUGAUUUGGAUAUAUAUGGAGAACAAAGGAAAUUACUGGAAGAUCCUAAUGCAGAGGGACUCUAUAAUAGACCAGACUAUAUCUCGCCGCUGGAUGAUUUAGCCUUUGAUAUGUACCAGGAUCCUGAAAUUGCCCAGAUCAUCAGAAAAUUAGAGAAGAAAAAACAAGAAGCUGUCCUCCAGGAAAGAUAUGAAUAUGCCAAAAAGCUUAAACAUACGAUUGGUGAACUUCAGAAGGUUGGAGAGAAGUUGGGUAAAUAUGAAGUGGAGAAGAGACAGGCUGUGGAGAAUGAAGACUAUGAUAAGGCAAAACUGAAGAAAAUACAAAUGGAUGAAUACAGACUGCAAAUAUACAAAGAUCUCAAUGUUAAAGAUUUACUCGAAACUACAGGGUCAAGGCAUCCACAGAAAAUUGACCUUGAACCUACACGUGGACCAACUCCACCACGAUUACUUGACCUACCUCGAUCCAGUCCGAGCCCACCACCCAGGACUCCGUAUGAUGAACGAAUAAUUCCAGCAAUGAAAAGCCAACGAGCCCUAUCGCCUACAAGUCCGCGUGUAAGGACGCCAUACGAUGAACGACCUUUACCUAUUCAUAAUAAAGAAUCAGCACCAGUUGAAAGUAAUCUCAACACGUCCCCGAAAACCCCGUACGACGAACGACCCCUUCCUGUGGCAAGAACAAAACCCUCUGUGGUGGAAGAGGAACCCGUGGAGCCACCUCCGGACUCUGCCGGUGGAGGUAUAACCGGGGAAGCAGAACCAUUGUCCGAGAAGGAUAUGAGGGAGGCUUCUGCUGCCGUAGAUGUCUUUGGAGAACCUCUGGUAUCCAAAGCCUACUCUAAGACCUGGUCAUACAGAGAAGAUGCUCUGUUAGCAGUUUACAAACAGAUGCAGGAGCUGUCAACCGGGAGUAAAGACGAUGCUCGUACCAUGCUGCGUGCAUCCCUCUUCCUUAUCAAGAAAGCAAUAGCAGACAAAGUUUAUGCUGUGUUCAAAGCUGGUUUAAUGUUGCUGAAGAUGAUACUCACUGAAUUCAUAAACAAACACAAACUUGGAAAACAAGAUACAAUAACCACUGUGGAGAGAACUUUGCCAAAUUUACUGCACAAAAGUGGAGAUACUGCUGUAAGGAACCGAGAUGAUGCAAAGAAUUUUGUCUAUGAAAUGGCGGAGUUUCCAAAUGUGAAGCCUACGAUGGUAGUUCCUCAUGAGUGUGUUAAGCCGUGGAAAGGCAAUCCCGCACCUAGACUAGCUCAAAGCAGAUCUGAAAUUGUUGAAGCUCUGUAUGAACAACUGGGAAUUAAAGAUUCCAAAAGUGGUUUGACGGUAGACAAUAUUAUGAAUUUCUGUGUGGUUGUGCUACAGCAUCCGUCUGCUGAUGUUAGACUGGUGGGAGAGAGAAUAGUAAAAGCAUUAUACAAGGAAGUUGGUCAGCCAGUGAAAGAUUAUUUACCAGUUGACGACGAGAAAACACGUAAAAACACUAUGUGGAGAUUAUUGUUCGAAUACUUUGACCAGGUAGAUGGCAAACCAAGCAAAUCUGAUAUUAAGAGAAAGAAGGCAGAAGAAGAGAGUCGGAAGCAGCAGGAGAUUGAAGGUUUACAACGUCAGUUGCAACAGCUUAAAGAUAUGGCCUCUGGAAAGGCUCCUGUAGACGAGAAUGCAUUAAAGUCAGAACCUAAAAGAAGCAUCAAGAAACCAGGAAAAGCAGCACCAAAACCCAAACCAAAACCAGAGCCAGAUGAUGAUGCCUCUGUCUACAAUAUGGAUAAUAUAUGUAUAUUCUGUGGAGAGAAGAAUCCAAGUUUUACUGAGGAAGGUCUAGAUCUGCAUUACUGGAAGAACUGCCCUAUGUUGAAACGGUGUGCCAACUGCAAACAGGUUGUGGAAAUAGCCAGUUACACAGACCAUUUGCUGACUGAGUGUGAGGCAAAAUCAAACUACGCUAAGUGUAACCGAUGUACAGAAGCCAUAACAAAAGCAGAACAUGAACAGCAUGUUGCCGAGAAAGCUUGUAAUGCUGCCAAGGCAGGUAGUAAUCACUGUCCACUGUGCCACCAGAAUCACUUAAUGGGAGAAGACGGCUGGAAAAACCACUUGAUGGCAAAGGAUGGUUGUAAACAAAACCCUAGACGUCUGCUGGCACUCAAUAAACCUCAAGGUAAAGCUGGUGGAGCCACUACGAGAGGGAAACCUGUAGGAAAGGGUGUAAAGAAAACACCAAGAUAAAAGCCCACACAUUGAUAUUUCAUAAAGUGCUUCAGUAACCAUGGCAACCAUCUUAGUUAGGGAAUAGAUCACACAUGGACUCUCAACUAGAACUAAGAACACAUGAUACAGCCAAAUGUUGAUAAACUACUUCUAUGCAAUUAAAAAUUUUCUGUGAAAUUGUGUCAUACCAGCACAUACGCAGAGUAACCUGUGGGAGCGGAAAACCCUCUGGACUUGAGAAAGUGUCCAGUUGUGAGACAUCUCUAGUACACAUUAGUUUCAUUGAAUUUUACAUCUGUUCAGGAAUAUUUAAACAUCUUUGACCCAUCUGUUAUAAAAUUUUGAUAUUUCCUUCCUUUUUAUGUUCUCAAAUGAUAAAUCUGGUGUUCAAGACUAGGUACAAAAUGUACAUUGUCUGAUAUUAUUUUAUCGUUACAGGUUGUGAGGUUGUGAAUUUGGUUUGAUUUAAUGUUAGAAAACAUUUACUGUUAAAUAGAGUUUCAUUUCUGUGUUCAUUGUUGGUACUUUUUCUGCUUGUACUGAAUAUUUCUGUACUCCUACUUGACAUUAUGUGUCAGCAUGUUCUUUAGUAAAUAUUAAACAGCUAAUUGUGAGAUGGUGAGGUGAAUAUCCAAGCUUAUGGACCUAGACAAGCUGAUAUUUGGCCAAGGUGAAUAUCCAUGUCUAUUGACCUAACCAAGGUGAUAUUCGGCUAAGGUGAAUAUCUCCUUAAUCAAGUCCAUAGUCCUGAAUAUUUACCAGUAUCUUAGUACAAAAAGUUUCUUAUUUUAUGAUUAUACUCGCUGAAAACAAGAUGUAUGUGGUCAGUAUCUACUGGUAAUUAAAAUUGAUGCUAGAUUAUUUUUUAGGCAGGCGAUUUUCGUUUAUUAACAACUCAUCUAUAUAAUUUCUGGAUCUGCUAGGAUAAUGUUCAUAAUAUAUAACUGUGACAUUUUACGAAAUAAAUGAUAAACACUUAAGCAGAAUUCUCAAUUCAUAAAAUAAAGAACUUUAUUUGAUAUCUUGCUGUAGCAUUAAAUUAGUAUUUGAUUUU